AUGCUUGUUUCAGAGUAUGAGAUUCAUAGGUUACUUACUAGAUGUCAAGAAUCGUUGGUAGAUCUUAACUUGCAUAUCCAGAUGAGUUGGAGUUUGUUUGAACUAGCUCAGGACUGUGGAGGUUCUGAAUGUAACGGUCAUAAUUGUGAUAUUUGUCGGUAUACAUGUCGUUCUGCGGUUCAACAGUCAUGUGGUGAUCAGCGGACGGAGCAAAUGAGGAGGUAUCAGUCUUCUAUGGCGCAUUUGAUGUCUUUGAGUAUUCGGGCUCAGUUUUUAAUUGAUAAGUUUCAUAAGGGUGGAUCUGGUUAUCAAAUAGAUUUGGAUACAGUGAAGAAACUUGGUAGUGAAUUCGAAGAUAUUUCUCAUAAUUUGUGCUUUCUGGAGCCGAAUAAAGUGUUUGAUAAGAAUCAUACAAGGUUUCGAAGUUCGGAAUAUCCUGCACCUUUUCAGUUGCGACCAUUAAAGUUAUUGCAGAGAAUUCGCAACCCUUCAGAAAAUGAAUCUAAAGAUAAUUUGCGGAUUUAUGAGGGUUCCGCGCCUCAGAGAGACAACCCCUCCUUUGAUCUCAAUAGUAGUUUGUCGUCCCUUCAUGGUUUGGUUGUUGGGGCCGAUUUUUCAGUUAUCAGGCAAGGUUUGAUGAACUGGAAUUCAUUUGAGAUGCAUAUACCUAAUGUGGAUGCACUUAUGCCACAAAAUUUGAACUUUCAGGAAAAGAGCGAGUUUUCAACCCCAUUUUUUGAUUCUUUGGAGUGUAAUUCCGAUGAUGAAACCGUAAUGUCCAUUUCUAGGUUGGAUUUGGAUACAUGUUCAUUUGUCAGUGCAAGCUCACAAAGCAAAAGGUUUAGCAUAAGUGAUUAUGAUCGUAUAGCAUGCCGCCACGGAUCUACCAUAGAAGUUCUUGGAACACCACCUUUUUUCAAUUUGAAUCAUAAUAUCCAGGAGUUGGCUCGGACGGCUAUUGUUGGUUCUAGCUAUGUGUGUUCCUUCUCCACAAGGUAUAAAAUGAAUCAUUUCAAAAAGGCAGUGACUUCUAGAGAUCUCUUAACAAAAUUUGUGGAACCUGUUACCACAACUAAGCCACUUCCUGCCGCUAAAGAGAAUCAUCUACACUGGUGGCCAAUAAUAAACCUAAGUGGAAUAUUGACAAAAUGUAAAAUUCGUAAUCAUGGAAAUCCAGUAACUUCUGAGUCAUGUCCUCAUGAAGAAACCUCUGAAACUGCAAAUCAAAUACUAAAACACACAGGUAAAUCGACUUUAGAAAACCAAGCGCAUAUUAGAUCUGAGGUUUCACAAUGUUCGCUUUUUCUUGAACCCAAUGGUUCCAAGUUUGUGCAUCAAUUUGGCGGAGAGCAGGUUGUUUGUUCGGAAAUAUCCUAUAGCUCUCUAUAA